AUGCUGUACAGAACCACUGCUGCCCGCUCUGUCCUCAGGGCUAUCUCGAGCUCCAAUGCCUCGGUGGCCCGCUCGGCCCUGUCCAACAAUGUCUUCAAGGCUCCCUUGACCUCUUCCGCUCGUUUUCCCGCUCGCCCGACCACCUCCCCCAGCCUCGCUCUGGCUGCUCGCAAGCCCGUCACCACUGCUCUUGUCCGCUAUGCCUCCACGUCGGCUAAGGAAGGCGAGGAGCCCGACAUGAUGGCCGGUAUCAAGACCGAGGCUAAAGUCAUCAAGGACACCUUCAGCCUGGAGGCCGUCCCCAAGGAGGCCCUCUACCUCGGAAUGGCCGGUGUCAUCCCCUACGUCGCUACUUCCCUGCAGACCGUCGCCCUCGCCUAUGAGGUCAAGACCGCUGCUUUGGCCGGUGAUGGCCUGAUCUUCUCCGGCCAGAGCGCCGAGUUGAUGCUGCACAUGAUCGAGCCCAUCCAGGUCGGCUACGGUGCUGUUAUCCUCUCCUUCCUCGGUGCCAUCCACUGGGGUCUCGAGUGGGCCGGCUACGGCGGCAAGUACGGCUACAAGCGCUACGCUGCCGGUGUUAUCGCCCCUGCCGUCGCCUGGCCCACCCUGCUGCUCCCCGUUGAGUAUGCCCUGAUCUCUCAGUUCCUUGCCUUCACCUUCCUGUACUACAACGACGCUCGUGCCGCUGCUUCCGGCCGCGCCCCCGCCUGGUACGGCAUGUACCGCUUCGUCCUCACCUUCAUCGUCGGUGCUAGCAUUGUUGCCAGCUUGAUCGGCCGUGAGCAGAUCGCUGGUACCCUCAGCACUGAGCACACCAUCAAGGACAAGAUCAACGCUCUGAUCUUCCUGCAGAAGAAGGAGAAGGAGGAGGUUGAGGCCCGUCGUCGUGCUGAGCUCGAGGAUGCUGAGUAA